AGGCAGUGUCUGGGUGACUGUCUGAACGUCUGUCUGGCUGGCUGGCUGGCUGACGAGCAGACUGACAGACGGACCUGACGUGCGUGGGCUCGUCAUCCUUGUGUUUCAACUCGCUGUGAUCAUGAGACGUCCCUUACGGAUGCACAGGAUUUCCAUUGUUCGACGAGAACAAGGUCUUCGCACUUAAGACCGCUCCUUUGGUCACUGGCUGGGCUCGACAUGUUUUCCGGACUAGAAGAGCUGGUCGCUGACAACAAUAUGCUGGGGAAUGACCUGCAGUUGCCCUGGUUACCCAGCCUUCACACCUUGACGCUCAAUAAGAACCAGCUGACUGACAUCGAGGCGCUGCUGGAGCAGCUGGGGGCGUUGACCCCGGCCCUCCGUUACCUCAGCCUGCUGGGGAACGAGGCCUGUCCCAACGAGCUUGUCAGCCCCGAUAAGGACGAGGACGACUACCAGAGAUACAGAUACUUUGUGCUGUACAAGAUGCCCCAGCUCAAGUUCCUGGACACCCGCAAAGUGACCAGCAGAGAGGUGCUGGAGGCCAAGGCUAGAGGGGCCUUCAUGAGGGUGGUGAAGCCCAAGUCAGACAAAGUAGGCUAACCCUCCUUCUUCUUCACCCUCUAUUAUACUGCCUAAAGCUCGGCCCUUCUGAAGUCCAACCAGCUCCAGUUCUUGAUCUUGUCACAUUCAGCCCUUUCUUCAGUUUUUGAAUGUCCUUUCCUGUUUUAUUUAUUCACCUUUAACCCUUCUUUCUUAUUCUAUGAUCCAGUGUGCAAGUGUGGCAGCACAGCCUCCAUGUCCCUUUGAACACUGGGCUUGGCCGAGUGUGUGUGUGUGUCAGUCUUCGUCUGUGUGUAUGCGUGCAUGCUUG